AGCAGCUCCACACCUCUGUACUCAGACUGAUCUGCUGGAGGAACACCAUCAGCUCACCUGCUGCAGUGCCAAUUGUCCAACCUGGAUACAAUUUAGCUUCACAAAUACAGACUCAGAAGAUUUCUUAAAGAUAUUAAGCUGCUAAACAAAGAGGAGAACGAUGGAAUCCAGAGAAAUCUCCAAUACUCUGCAAGUGUCCUCUCCUACACCUAGCAGACAAAAGCAGAAAAGCACAGGCAAGAAAACUCUCCACUGUUCAGACUGUGGGAAGAGUUUUGAGAAUCAGAGUACUCUUCAGCGUCACCAGAUCAUUCACACUGUAGAAAAACCAUUUCACUGUUCAGAGUGUGGGAAGAGUUUUACUCGACAGAGUACUCUUAAUAUUCACCAACGUAUUCACACUGGAGAGAAACCGUUUCACUGUUCAGACUGUGGGAAGAGUUUUUAUGUUAUCACUGCUCUAAAAACACACCAGCGUAUUCACACUGGAGAGAAACCGUUUCACUGUUCAGACUGCGGGAACAGUUUUGGCAACAAGGUUGGUCUCAAAGAACACCAGCGUAUCCACACUGGAGAGAAACCGUUUCACUGUUCAGUCUGUGGGAAGAGUUUUAGUGUUUGGGGUGCUCUGAAAACACACCAUCGAAUUCACACUGGAGAGAAACCGUUUCACUGUUCAGACUGUGGGAAGAGUUUCAGUAUUUGGGGUACUUUAAAUGCACACCAGCGAAUUCACACUGGAGUGAACCCGUAUUACUGUUCAGACUGUGGGAAGUGUUUUAAACACCGGGCUGGUCUACAAUCACACCAGCGAGUUCACACUGGAGAAAAACCGUUUCAGUGCUCAGACUGUGGGAAGAGUUUUUCUCAGCUGAGUGCUCUACGAAGACACCAGCGCAUUCACACUGGAGAGAAACCGUUUCACUGUUCAGACUGUGGGAAGACUUUUAACCAGCAGAAUUCCCUACUUAGACACCGGCGCAUUCACACUGGAGAAAAGCCUUAUUACUGCUUUGAAUGUGGAGAGACUUUUAGACAGCAGGGUGCUCUACAAAAACACCAGCGCAUUCACGCCUCUCCAUAGCAUUGCCAAACUCCACAAAUUCAACCAUAUAGUUUGAGGGGUAGCCUCAAACAUUCGCAAAAUCAAGAAAACUUUGUGCACAAGGCAAGACGGAAAGAGAAGCGCCUGAAUCAGAGAUGCACGCCGUCGCGUUUCCCUGGUAUCAAAGCAGGAAAAUGUUUAUCCAUGUGAGGAGGUUGUUGCGAGAAUGUCCUGUAAAACUGCUGUAUGACUUUGGCCACCAUGCUGUGGUUCACCUUCAGGAUGUUGGAUCCUAGGCCAUCUUUGUGGAAACCAACAAUUCUAUUUUUCACAUCCUCAGAAAUGUCUUUGCCAUUGUUGAUAUCACUAAUGAAUAACCAGUGGUCAGUAUGAGAGAAUUGUGCCCCAAACAUCAGGGAGGGAAUAUUUGACACAAUUUGGAUAUGUUCACUGUGGGGUGUACUCACUUGUGUUGCAGCUAUUUAUACAUUAAUGACUGUGAGUUGAGUUAAGGACAGCAAAGUUUAAUUUCUGUAGUGUUGUCCUAUGAAAAUAUACAAGAAAAUUAGCUUUUUACCAAAUUGAAAACCACCAGGUGUGGCAUAAAGGUAUUUUUAAAAGCAGUGUGUAAGACUGGUGGAGGAGAACAUGAUGCCAAGAUGAAGCAUGAAAACUGUGAUUAAAAACCAGGGUUAUUCCACCAAAUAUUGAUUAUUUCUGAACUCUUAAAACUUAAUGAAUAUGAACUUGUUUUCUUUGUAUUAUUAUGUUCUUUUUUUGUUAUUUCAGCCAUUUCUCAUUUCUCUGCAAAUAAAUGCUCAAAAUGACAAUAUUUUUAUUUGUAAUUUGGGAGAAAUGUUGUCUGUAGUUUAUAGAAUAAAACAACAAUGUUCAUUUUACUCAAAUAUAAACCUAUAAAUAGCACAAUCAGAGAAACUGAUUCUGAAACUGAAGUGUUCUCUUCAUUUUUUCCAGAGCUGUAUAAUACAAUAUUUAUAGAAAUGAGAGGGGUUCACUUACUUGUUGGAUGCAGGAAGUUGGUUAAUAAUAGGCCUGUCAUGACAACAAGGAUGAUAGAUUGUCAGAGAAAUAAUUGCAGUUGUUUAUAUCACUGAUAUAAUGACAUAAUAGAUAAUAAUGCAAUCAUUUCAACCAUUCACUGAGAUUUUUUUUAUAAUUGGAAAUAUUGAGACAAAUAUAUAUAUAUAUAUAUUCCAAACAAGUGAAGUUUAUGUAAAAACUACUGGUUAACUCAUAGGCUCUCCUUUCUAAGUAAAACAUAAUUGUCAAUAUAGAUUUCAGAGUAAAAUGAGGUUAUGUUUAUAUAUUUUACAGUACGUCAAUAAUGUAGUUAGUGUGACAGGCCUAAUCAAUUAGAAGUUCUGUUAUGUUUCUGAUUUAAAAGCACAAUAAAACGAUAAUGACCUGCAGUUAAACCAAGCAAGAGAAAUACUACAUCGUUCAAAUUUAUCUAAACAAAACAAAGUGUUAAUCCUUUUCAUUUUGUUGUGUUAAAUGCUUAUAAACAGAGCCAAAGUCAAAAUGAUUUUUUGAUUUGUUUAUUUCUUUACAUUAUGUGAACAAGAAAUUGUAUUAGGGGAUGUUAACGGUCACAUGAUUUUGGCAGUGCAUUUAAACCAUGUAAUGGAUUCUGUUUUAAAUAAAAGUCAAUACAAAAUACA